GCAUGUCGGGGCCAGCAGGGUUCACGGAACUACAACUCCCAGCGGCCCGAGCGCGGGGGCGUGGCCAGGCGGCGGGCCGGGUCCGGAGCGCAGGCAGCGACCCAUGGGAGCCCGGCCCUCGCUUCGACCCGACCGGAGCCGCGCCUCCGACGCCUCCUUCUUGUCCGCGGCCUCGGUCAUCGGCCAAGUUUCCCGGUGUGGAAGAGGGAUUUCCCGAGCCCAUUCUCUAUUCUUACUUCCGAAGCUCCUGCUCAUGGAGAGUUCGAAUUGCUCUGGUCUUGAAAGGCAUUGACUAUGAGACGGUGCCCAUCAACCUCAUAAAGGAUGGCGGGCAACAGUUCUCCGAGGAAUUCCAGGUGCUGAAUCCCAUGAUGCAGGUGCCAGCCCUGAAGAUUGACGGAUUCACCCUUGGCCAGUCCCUGGCCAUCAUCGAGUACCUGGAGGAGACCCGGCCCAACCCGCGUCUCUUGCCUCAGGACCCGAAGAAGAGGGCCACCGUGCGCAUGAUCUCCGACCUCAUUGCAGGUGGCAUCCAGCCCCUGCAGAACCUGUCUGUCCUGAAGCAAGUUGGAGAGCAGAACCAGCUGCCCUGGGCCCAGAAGGCCAUCAGCUCUGGCUUUACUGCUCUGGAGCAGAUCCUGCAGAGCACCGCUGGCAAGUACUGUGUGGGAGAUGAGGUCUCCAUGGCUGAUCUGUGCUUAGUGCCUCAGGUGGCAAACGCUGAAAGGUACAAGGUGGAUCUCAGCCCAUACCCUAUCAUCAACCGCAUCAAUAAGACUCUGCUCACCUUGGAGGCCUUCCAAGUGACACACCCCUCCCGGCAGCCAGAUACACCUGCUGAGCUGAGGGCCUAGGUCCCAAGCGCUAUCCGACUAGUACAGGAACAGGGAGAAGGGCACGGGAAUGGAGGCUGGUGGUCUGCAAAGGCCCGGUAAGGAAUGAAGCCCUGACCAAGAAGACUAGGACUCAGCCCUUGACCUUGAUCUGUGAUGCUGGAUCUACCAUCCUGUGUCUCAGCACCUGUCAGCUGUCAAAUGCAGGCAGCGUGGAGUGAUUGUGGGAGGAGGGUGGGUGAAGGGUUCUGUCUGUCAUGGUGCAGUGACAAAGCCAACAUG